GUGGCUCUGCGUCCCGGCGAUCCUGGCUCCUGGUUGCAUCUGGGAGGCAAGAAGCAUCAGUCCACGCGUUUUGGAAGUGUCCGUGGGUGAAUACAGAAAGGGGGUGCCAAACUGGGGUUGCGGCUGCUUGAGGAGAAGGAAAAAAGCAUAAACGUCUUGAAUCCUGAACCAAGAAUUACUGGGUGCUGGAAAUUCCCAAAAAGGCGCCUGGACACUGGUAAAUACUUUGACGAUUUCGGCUUGAAUGUGACGCUUCCAAGUGUUGUGGCAACUGUCUCCUUGAAUUACUGGAAGGGGACUAGGGGGAGAUGAGGGGCUCCCUCCGAGGCUGCCUCUGGCCCAGGGAUAUAGACCUGCAGCUAACUGGAUUUGAUUUAUAAGAGAGAAAUCUGCAGUCAGUGGCCACUCUCAUCGCGAUGCAACUAUGGGAAACAGAAUGGUCAAUAGGAUAUGGUCUGACAAACAGCGAUGCUUGAAGAUGCGGCUUCAAUACAUGUGAAAUCAACGGGAGAGAGAGUGUCUGCUUGACGAGCUUUCGUAGCCUUUCUCUGCCAACUCAUCUUUAAGAAAGUGGAGGCGUAUUCUCCUGUUACACAGUCUUCCUCAAGUGGAUACCAAGUGUGUUCGCCUCACUGUGCUCAGACAUUUAGCCAACUGAUGUGGGACCAUGGCACUGCCCAGAUGCACGUGGCCCAAUCAUGUGUGGAGGGUGGUGAUGGCGUGUCUGGGCCACAGAGGACUGGGUGCCUCGCUGACUCUCUUUGUGUUGGGGUGUUUACUUCAGACAGCCCAUGUGCUCUCUCAAAAACUGGAUGACACGGACCCCCUAGUGACCACCAACUUUGGCAAGAUCAGAGGAGUAAAGAAAGAACUCAAUAACGAAAUCCUGGGGCCUGUGAUUCAGUUUCUUGGCGUUCCAUAUGCAGCCCCACCCACGGGAGAGCGUCGUUUUCAACCUCCAGAGCCCCCGUCCUCCUGGUCGGAUGUCAGGAAUGCCACUCAGUUUGCUCCGGUGUGUCCUCAGAACAUCAUAGACGGCCGACUGCCCGAAGUCAUGCUUCCCGUGUGGUUUACCAAUAACUUGGAUGUGGUGUCGUCUUAUGUACAAGACCAGAGUGAAGACUGCCUCUAUUUAAACAUCUACGUUCCGACUGAGGAUGAUAUUCGGGACAGUGGGGGUCCUAAACCGGUGAUGGUGUAUAUUCACGGUGGUUCGUAUAUGGAAGGUACUGGAAAUUUAUAUGAUGGGAGUGUCUUGGCAAGUUAUGGCAAUGUAAUCGUCAUCACAGUCAACUAUCGACUUGGGGUACUUGGUUUCUUAAGUACAGGGGAUCAAGCUGCAAAGGGAAACUAUGGUCUCCUUGAUCUUAUCCAAGCUUUAAGAUGGACCAGUGAGAACAUUGGAUUCUUUGGUGGUGAUCCUUUGAGGAUCACUGUGUUUGGGUCUGGUGCCGGAGGUUCAUGUGUCAAUCUGCUGACUUUAUCCCAUUAUUCUGAAGGUAACCGUUGGAGCAAUUCAACCAAAGGACUUUUUCAGCGAGCAAUAGCUCAAAGUGGAACAGCCCUUUCCAGCUGGUCUGUUAGUUUCCAACCUGCAAAAUAUGCUAGAAUGUUGGCCACCAAAGUCGGUUGCAAUGUUUCAGAUACAGUAGAGUUAGUGGAAUGUCUACAGAAGAAGCCUUAUAAAGAACUUGUCGAUCAAGAUAUUCAACCCGCACGAUACCACAUAGCCUUUGGACCUGUGAUUGAUGGUGAUGUAAUCCCAGACGACCCACAAAUAUUGAUGGAGCAAGGAGAGUUUCUCAACUAUGAUAUAAUGUUGGGCGUGAACCAAGGGGAAGGGCUAAAGUUUGUUGAAAAUAUAGUAGAUAGUGAUGAUGGCAUAUCAGCGAGUGAUUUUGACUUUGCAGUUUCCAAUUUUGUUGAUAAUUUAUAUGGAUAUCCUGAAGGCAAAGAUGUUUUGAGAGAAACCAUUAAAUUCAUGUAUACUGACUGGGCUGACCGUCAUAACCCUGAAACCAGAAGGAAGACAUUAUUGGCUUUGUUUACAGACCAUCAGUGGGUCGCACCAGCUGUAGCGACAGCAGACCUUCACUCAAACUUUGGUUCACCUACAUAUUUCUAUGCCUUUUACCAUCAUUGCCAGACAGACCAGGUUCCAGCGUGGGCUGACGCAGCUCAUGGCGAUGAGGUUCCCUACGUCCUGGGAAUCCCUAUGAUUGGCCCCACUGAGUUAUUUCCUUGCAAUUUCUCCAAAAAUGAUGUGAUGCUGAGUGCAGUGGUAAUGACAUACUGGACCAAUUUUGCUAAAACUGGGGACCCAAAUCAACCAGUCCCUCAAGAUACAAAAUUCAUCCAUACCAAACCCAAUCGCUUUGAAGAAGUAGCAUGGACCAGAUAUUCCCAGAAAGAUCAACUUUAUCUCCAUAUUGGAUUAAAACCGAGAGUUAAAGAACAUUACAGAGCUAACAAGGUCAAUCUCUGGCUGGAACUGGUACCGCACCUGCAUAAUCUCAAUGACAUUUCUCAGUAUACCUCGACAACAACUAAAGUGCCAUCAACUGACAUCACGUUCAGGCCUACUCGAAAAAAUUCUGUCCCGGUCACGUCGGCCUUCCCCACUGCCAAACAGGAUGACCACAAGCAACAGCCAAGUCCAUUUUCAGUGGACCAAAGGGACUAUUCCACAGAGCUGAGCGUCACCAUCGCGGUGGGGGCCUCCCUGCUCUUUCUAAACAUCCUGGCCUUCGCUGCCCUUUACUACAAGAAGGACAAGAGGAGACACGACGUGCACCGGAGAUGCAGCCCCCAGCGCACCACGACCAAUGACCUGGCGCACGCACAAGAAGAGGAGAUCAUGUCACUCCAGAUGAAGCACCCUGAUCUAGAUCAUGAAUGUGAGUCCAUCCAUCCGCACGAAGUGGUUCUCCGGACCGCCUGCCCCCCAGAUUACACACUAGCUAUGAGGAGGUCACCUGACGAUGUCCCCUUAAUGACACCCAACACCAUUACAAUGAUUCCCAACACUAUACCAGGGAUCCAGCCCCUACACACAUUCAACACCUUCACCGGAGGACAGAACAAUACGCUGCCCCACCCCCACUCCCACCCCCAUUCACACUCCACAACCAGGGUAUAGCCAGAUCAGAGAAACAAACUCUAUUUUUUUGAUGGAUUCCAGUACAUAAUCACUGAAGAUUGUUUGGCUUUCAACCUACAAGACUCUUAAUAUUUAAAUAAGGAGGAAUAUUAUGUGAAUAUACAUAUCAAGGAUUUUGGGGGUUUUCAAAAUAUGAAAUGUACAUAUAUACACAAAUCAACUUUUAAAAUGGAUUGCAAUUGCUUGAAGCAAUUGUUCUGAAUGAUACUUUUUUUUCAUUCACAUUCAAGAAUUAAUUUUUUGAAGAUUUCAGUUACAUGAUGGAAUUAGGCACGUGGAACACCACACAGGAAAGAACUAUGGCUGAAACAUAAAAAAAUACAAUUUUAAACAAUAACUAUGAAUAUGCACAAGGGACACACCAAUGGAAUGUCAGAUAAUUGUCACCAGUUUUUAUUUGGCACUGUUUGAUUGUGUAGACCACAUUUACAUAUUUGGAUAAGUACACAAAGCACCAAUGCUGUUAAUGGCCUUAUCAGAGGCUCACGCUGAAAUUUGCCAGUAAAACCAAGAAGUUUCAAGACUGGCAGGUACAACAUUAUCACAUAAGUGCUGUCAGUUUAAAGUGGUGGGGAUAAAGGAAACUGGAUAUUUUUAGCACGAUGUGCAUGAUAAUUUAUAUGCUUGGUGGCUGUGUUGCUGAUUAAGCCGUAAUUAAAAUUCUUCUCAUCCCAUUGGAGUUUUUAAUAGAAGCUUCCUCCAUCAAUUGGCAGAACCUAAAGAAGAUUGUAAGGGGUAAAAGUAAUUACAAUAAAAUAAUCCAUAAUAGUUUCAAUAAUAGAAGGAAUUAGAUAUUAAAGGUAUUUGAAGAAACUGUAGGUAUAGUGGUGAAUACCCACUGAUAUGAAUCCCAGGAGAAUAAAAAAAAUUCUCUGUUUUAAUGUUCUUUUCAUUUCAUCUAUAUAAUUUAUAGAAAUACUACCUUAAUUGGACAUGUAUUACAGGAUCUAUAGUUUGCUGUGAUUUUUGUUACUCUGUAUUUUUGUUCCUUUGGUAAGGUGAAGUGUGUCCAAAGAGUUACUUGCAACAGUAUUUUGAUAUGAGGAUGCCCCAGUAUUACCACUCUGGUUACGGUUCUCAGUUAAUUGAUUUACUCAUAAUGCAUGGCAAAAUGUUUACUACUACUAAUUCAAUAUAAAGUCCGUCCCUGCUCACUUACCUCUCUCACUGAGGCUCAUAACUUGGAGUUUACUCACGCAAUCUCAGUAGGAUACAACAUAGAGGCAGAACCUAGAAGGAAAGUCAACACCAGGAAGAUUUUAGUCGUAACACGUGUGUAUGUGUGUGAUUUUAAAGGAAUAUUCUAAGAUCACAGGAACCUCUCCAUCCCCUGCUGUUUUCCAGUAACAGUAUAUCACAGACCUUUCCAAAUGUUUGUAUAUGUAAUCAGAUGUACAUUUAUAUUAAAAAUUGAGAUGGACUUGAAGAGCACAGCCCUGACAAAUACUUUCUCUCUUACCUGUAUUAUAUUUCUAUUAGACUAAAGUUAUGUGAUUUUUUUUUACAUUUUUUCAGAUGACUAGCAAUUUUGAUAGUUUGUAAGAUAAUGCAAAGAACUUUCUCUGACAAACUAACUGCAGUAACAGAAACCUUUCUUUUCAGUUACUCUUUUUCAAGAAUGAAAGAUUAUUAUAAAAAAAAAUUGUAUACUACUUGAUGGAAACAACUUUGUACAUCUUGGCCAUGUCGCUGGCCAUUGCGUGAAAUAAAGAUAAUCUGGAUAAUGACUAUCAGUCCAAUGCUAAGAGACAUGAUCUUUGCUCAUUAAAGAGCUAAAAUGUUUAUUGCUGUUUUGUCUUUUUUU